AUGUCUGACUCAGAAGGCGACAUUGACGAUGAGUUGCUUGAGCUUGCUGGCGCGACGGAAAAGAAGCGUAAGCGAAGCCAACAGAACCCGCCCCCCAAACGACGCAAAGCCGACACGAACGAUGAGACUGAGUCGGAAGCAGGACAGCCUGAAAGCGAAGAAGAGACGGAGUCAAACCCAUACCCACUAGAAGGGAAGUUCAUCGACGAAGAGGACAGAAAUCGCUUGAUGGACAUGCCUGAGAUUGAACGUGAAGAAGUGCUCGCGCAAAGACAAGAGGAAUUGCAGCGUUUUGCCGACAAGCGGCAGCUUGAUCAGAUGCUCAAGCUUCGGAGUGGGGCAGGAGGAGGGGAGGAUGCUGUCUCGAAGGCCGCAAAACGACAACACGCGAUCCGUGGAGCUACCAAAGAGAAGACCAGGAAGCUCGACGAGUUGAAGGCGAAACGGAAAGCCAAGGACGAGAAGAAACGAACGAGGACAAACUCACCUAAACGAGAUCGUUCAUCUUCACCUAUGGAUAUGGACAUGUCCGACGAGGAAGAGGAGGAUGGUCAGAUUACUAAGUACGACGAGGAGGAAGAACGGGACCGCAAGCUGUUCGGUAAAGUCGCACCUGAAGAAGAGCUAUCGAUCACUUUGGAGGACCUAGAGAAGUGCCGAGUCACACGCAAUCAAAUAGCGAAGUAUUGUAUGGCGCCUUGGUUUGGCGAAUACAUAAAGGGUGCCUGGGUGCGAUACCUUAUAGGCGAGGAGAACAAGCAACCCGUGUAUCGAAUAUGCGAAGUUGUCGACUUGCCGGAAGCGACAGUCAAGCCAUACAAGGUGAACGACCAACUUGUGAACCAGGAGCUUGAACUAAAGCACGGAGGGUCGACACGUCGGUUUGCUAUGGACAAGAUAUCCAAUGGUCCCUUCGAGGAGAAAGAGUUUGAGCGUCUGCAGAAGACAUGCGAGACAGAGAAGGUCAAGCUGCCGAUGAGGCGGCAGCUCGAGAAAAAGACCGCGCAGCUCCAAAAGCUCGCCAAUCAGCCAAUGACCGAGAGUGACAUCGCCGCAAUCCUCCAACGCAAGCGCGACAUCAACGUCUCGGUCAACAAGUCCUCCACCUCCCUCACCAUGGAGCGCUCCCGCCUCCAGCAGGCGCGCACGCUCGCGAUCCGCCGUCAGGACUUCGCCGAGGUCGCCCAAAUCGACGCAAAGCUAGCCGAGCUUCAGGCGAACGCCCCCGUGAGGGGUCGGGAGGAAGAGGGCUCGUCGGACAUCCUCGCGAAGCUCAACGAGCGCAACCGAAGGUUGAACCAGGAGCAGGUGCGCAAGGCGGAGCGCGCGGAGAUGGAACGCAGGAGGAGGGAGAAGCUCGCGAGGGCAGGAAGUGGAGCCACAACCCCUACUCCGAACGCAAACGGGGCCCCGAGUGGGGCGGCGCUGGAUGCGGCGGCAAGGCUGAAGGCGAAGAUGCUUGGUGGGGGUACUUCGAGGUCGGUACCGGGCACGCCAGGGACGCCUGCCGUUAGCGGCUCGACUCCGCGCUCCCUCUCGCCUGCUGCCCCGCCUCCGGGUACGGGGAAUGCACCGAAGAGCAAUGGGAACAUGAGCUUCGAGGCGAGCUUGCUGCAGAGCGUGGAGAUUGACCUCGGGGACUUCUAG